ACCAAGUGUCUCGCCCACGAUGUCACCAAACCUUAUGCCGAAGCGGUUUUGCACGUCGGGUGGUCAGUUCAUCCUCUCAGAAUUCUACGGCGGGCUGUACGUCAACUUUGUGCAAGGCAACGCCAACGAGUUGUUCGACUUCGACGCAAACAACAACUUCAUCAUCUCCAAGAGCGGCAACACCUGCCUGACACUCUUCACGGAGACUUCGACGCCGUACGUUCGUACAGAUCCGUGCACUGGAGGCGACGCGCAGCAGUGGUCGAUCGCGGGCAAUGUCAUCAAGAGUCGUGCUGGCACCUUCGAUUACUGCUUGACGUACGUGCCUAAUCAAGCCGCCGUAGCUGUCGGAGUGGCACCGUGCACCGAUAAACCCACGACGCCGCAGUACUUUGGCUCAUGCGACCAAUCGACGCCGCCGACGUCGGUGCGGCUUCGGUCGGGCGACAACUACCUCUCCGAGUAUUUCACGGGCCUGUUCGCCAACACACUGAAGCGCAACCGCAACGAAGUCUUCCGCUACGACGCCAGCGCCAAGACGCUGCAAGUGCAGAGCAACAUGGAGUGCCUCGACGUCUACCAGGACACGUCGCUCGCGUACCACCUCCACACGUACCCGUGCAACCUCAACAACGGCAACCAAAACUGGAACGUCACCGUGUCGGGCGCCAACCCGAUUCAACACAUCACGUACCUUACGCAGUGUCUGGUCGACAAGGGCGACAAGACCGCUGGUGUAGCCCCGUGCGAUUCUUCAAACCAAAAGCAGCUAUGGACGGUCGAGGCUGCGUAGUACCUUGCAUGUAUCAACUUGAUAAUUUUAUCUUGUACGGUGCC